ACCCCGCUUUCUUCUGCUCCAUCACCAUCAACGACGGCAACAAGCCUUGUCACGACGACUUCAGCAGAAUAAUUCACGAGAACAAUGUCGGCGACUGUCGAUCUGAAUUCAUUGGCGCGAUUGCAGCCACCAAAGCUGUCGCAGCAGGUUCAUCGUGAGGAGUGCACCCAGUGCUUCGACAACCAGGAUAAUCCAUUGGGAAUUGAUGUCUGCUUGACGUGCUUCAAUGGGGGCUGCCUUAGCCCGGAAAGACAUCAUGCACGGACUCACUUCGAGAAGACGGGCCAUGCCUUUACUUUGAAUGUAAAGAGGAAGUUGAAGCCCUCUUCGCAACGGGACGCCGACUCUGAACCACCCGCCAAAAUGACCAAACUUGCCAUCAUCGAAGACCGCGAAGAAGACAAAUACGAGCACCUCACACUCCUCAAACACUGGCCUUCAGACCCCGUCCAAGGCCUUCCUCUCCCCGAACUCAACACCGCCGCUGGUGAUCCGCUGAUCAAGUCUUUGGUCGAUGGGGUCUUGAACUCGAUGAGCUCUGCGAGACAGUCGGAGGUGAAGGCGUGGGAGGAGGAGAUUAUGGCUUGUGAACAUACAUUGACAUUGGAGCAGUUGGCGACGGGAGCGAUUCAGGGUUCGGGUCUUGCGCACUGCAAUAAGUGCGAUUUGAAAGAGAACCUCUGGCUCUGCCUCACUUGCGGUUCGCUCGGAUGUGGGAGGAAACAGUUCGGAGGUAUAGGCGGUAACGGACACGGUCUCACCCACUUCGAAGAGUCAGGACAUCCCGUCUCCGUCAAAUUGGGCACCAUCACCCCCGAAGGCUCGGCAGACAUAUACUGUUACAUCUGCAACGACUCGAAACUCGACCCCGAACUCGCGCUUCACUUGUCGACUUUCGGGAUCAACGUCCAAACGCAGACCAAGACCGAAAAGUCAAUGACGGAACUCCAGAUCGAACAUAACCUCAAGUUCGACUUCUCCCUCACCGACGAAUCAGGCAAAGCGCUCGAGCCCGUGUUCGGUCCCGGAUUAACUGGUCUCGCGAACCUAGGGAACAGCUGUUACAUGGCCUCAGUCCUGCAAGCCAUCUUCUCCCUUCCGUCCUUCCAAGCCCGCUACCUCCCCACCGCACCCGAACACUGGAUCACCUGCACCACCCCCCUCCCCGCCGACUGUAUAGACUGUCAAAUGCAUAAAAUCGCAGACGGCCUUCUUUCGGGCCGAUACUCGCAUCCUCGCGCCUCGCCAUCUCCUUCCGCCCAAGACCCGAAGAGCACGAACCCACUCGCUCAUGACUCGCCUACACCGGUGUUUCAGGAGGGUAUCAAGCCUACGAUGUUCAAGGCUUUAGUGGGCAAGGGCCACGAAGAGUUCGCUACGAUGAGACAACAAGAUUCUGAGGAGUUUUUGGGACAUCUGGUCACCACGCUUCGUCGUCACGCUAAGAAAGUUGGGACUCCUGGACCGGAAGAGGUCUUCGCGUUUGGGAUGGAGCAGAAAUUGGAAUGUGGGAGGUGUGGCGGGGUGAGGUACAGAGUCGAUCAGCAGGACGUGCUGAGUCUUGCUGUUCCUGCCCGAGAGAAGGGUAAAGACGAAGAGGGAAGGAUCAAAUACGAAGAUGUCAAAGUGGAUGAAUGUCUGGAUGGGGUGUUUGGCGUUGAGGGACUGGAGUAUCGCUGUCCGAAAUGUGAUGCGAAUGUGGAGGCGAGGAAGCAAGUCGGGAUGAAGACGUUUCCGACUACGCUGGUCGUGCAUGCGAAGAAGUUCCAGCUCGUGAAUUGGGUGCCUACGAAGCUUGAUAUCCCACUCAUCAUGCCUGAGGACGAUACCCUCAUUCUCGACAAAUACCUCAGCAAAGGUCUUCAGCCAGGCGAGACCGAACUCCCAGGGGACGCACCUGCACCUACAACCGCGCCAUCCUUCAACGAAGCCGCUAUGGCCCAGCUGGAAGCUAUGGGUUUCCCGCAAGUAAGAUGUCAGAAAGCCCUUCUUGCGACUGGAAAUUCCGAUCCUGAGGCUGCUAUGAACUGGUUGUUCGCGCAUAUGGAGGACCCUGAUAUCGAUGCUCCAAUCGACUUCGGUGGUGCUUCAGCAGGAGGAGGGGCUAGUUCGAGUGGUCCGGAGCCGAGUGCGGAGCAAGUUUCGAUGUUGGCGGAUAUGGGUUUCAGUUCAGCGCAGGCUAAAAAGGCGCUGCGGGAAACGGGAGGUGAUCCCGAACGCGCCGUCGAAUGGCUCUUCUCACAUCCAGACGACACAGGCCUUGACGAUCCCGCUCCCGCUGCGCCCACCACUGCCGAAGCCACGACCCCAUCUAUGGGCGGCACUGCGACCAUCCCAGCGAAAUACAUCCUCAAAGCCUUCAUCUCGCAUAAAGGCCCAUCCGUCCACUCGGGACAUUACGUCGCGCAUAUCAAGAAGGAAGGGGAGGGAUGGGUGUUGUUUAAUGACGAGAAGGUGGUGAAGGCAGAUGAGGAGAGCGUGAGGGAGUUGAAGGCGUUGGCUUAUUUGUAUGUCUUUGAGAGGGUUUGAGGGUAUGGAAGCGUAGAGAAUGGGUAGGGUAAGGGAAGGUAAGACAAGGUAGAUGAGACACAUAUGGAACAGAUGGAAAAAGGAGAAGAUAUUGAUGCAUGUAUACUAUCACAGCAACAUUGCAAGAACUCAAAGUCGUCUGUACAAUGAAUAUGGUC